GUCCCGGCCGUGAAUCAUUGAAUCGUGCCUGAAACGAAAUGCCUUCUGGCUUCUCUCUUCUCUCGCAAAGCCUUCCUCAAAACACCCACAAAACCAAAAAGAGCCGAAGAAGAAGGACCAAAGAUGACAUCCAAGAGAAAUAUGUCGUGUACAUGUAGUCCACUAUCGACAAAGACCCUCCUGGUCUGGUUAUCAUGGGCGUCGACGCUUGCAUCAGCCGUUGGAACAAAUCAGGAGCAGCCACCAAUGAUGGAAGCACACACGUAUCUUGAACCCAUGGAGGAAGUAGCAUUGAAUUCUCAUGAACCUCAGCAAGUGAUUUUGAGGCCAAGAAGACUGUCAUCGUCAUCAGAAAACAGCCAUCGAAUCAAACCAUGGCUCCAAGAGAAUUUUCCCAACCCGGGCCGUGGUGGCGCUGCAGCUUGCCACGCCACGAAAUCCUAUCGCAUAUGCGAUCCGGAUGGCGUCCUGUCGACAACUGCUCUGGAAAAAGUGGAGACUUAUCUGGAAGAGAAAAAGUAUAUUUACGGCGAUUUAUGUAGGGAAACAAGUGACGAGAUCCACCGUCAUCCGGAAUCAGAUCAGGAAAAGCACCAAGGAUUGGAACUGCAAAUGGGCGUGGCUCUUGUACAAAAGAUGGACUUGGCGCCAUUUGGGCCUCCACAAGGAAGUGACAGAGAAGAUAAAGCCGCCGAAACCUUUGCCCGCUAUGUUCACGAUGACUGGGGUGUAGGUAUUGAAACAGACUCCUGCGGUGGAGCAGGUAUUCUGCUGUUUUUAUCCAUUCAAGAUAGGGCAAUCUACAUAUCGAGGGGCGCAGCAUUGGAAACCGUCUUGAUUGAUCGACGAUUGGAUCAGGUGAUGGAGAACAUGAAAGACCUAUUGCGACAAAGCCAAUACGAUGACGCUAUUUUGCAAGCACUGGAGGACAUGAGGAAAUAUGUGGAGCAAGGGCCUCCCUCGCUUUUUGAGAAUUCUUUGCAUCUCUUCACAACAAUGAUCUUCCUAGUGUUGUGGAUUGGCUCCAUUCUUGGAACCGCUGUAUGGGGCAUGUGGAGAGACUCCCGACAGCGAAGGGACUACGCCAGAGUUGCCAGCCAACUCAGUGAAAUUGACCGUGCUAGAGCAGAGGCAAUGCAAGGGAGAUACCAUGCUACUUCCUGUCCAAUUUGCCUAGAGGACUUCCAGGCACCAGCGCAAGAAGGUGGUUUGGUGACAGAGGGGUCAGAUGGACAACCAAUCAAGCUGCUACGUUGUGGGCACUGCAUGGACGAAACUUGUUGGGCUGAGUGGAUCAACAGUGGACGAGGGACCAUCACAAAGUGUCCGAUUUGCCAACAAGAUAUAGGAGGAGGACAUGCCAGUAAUGCAGGAGAAGCCGCACAACAAAGACGCCAGGGUGGGAUGCCGAAUAACAACAACAACAUGGCCGUCGACAAUCCCCUGCAGCGAGAGGUUAAUGACCGCGCGCUGCAACAAGAAGAGGAUAGAAUCAUGCGUCAACACCACAGAGAAAGAAACUUUCGGCUGGCCAGAUUAGGUUAUCGUUACCCGCAGAUCAUCCGUCCAAAUCAGAUUCAACGGUGGACACAACCAACCUAUGAUGGCACGUUGGUGCGAGACCCUAGCUUUGUACAAAGCAAUCCUGCUGUGAGAACGGCAGCGAGGAGCAGUGGUGGUGGGACUAGAAGUAGCUUUGGAGGGAGUUCUAGCGGUGGAGGAAGAGGGGGCAGAUGGUAAAAAGUGCAAACGCAAGCACUUUCAGCACUUUGUGAAAAUGCCUCUGGGCUUACUAGCUAGUGGCAUGGAUCAAUCAAGGCACGCCCAAGCAGCGGAUCAGAAAAGAGUAGCUAGACUAACUAUGUUUUAUUAAGUUACUAGCUAGAGACAAUAGACAAAGAAUAGUCCCGGAGAUUGUCCAGGUUUUGAUCCAGCAUUGGGGUCAGGUGUGGGCUUGACAAUUGUCCAGGCAGGGCAGGGCUUGGUCCGGGAGUAGUGCCUUGUGAUAGAUAUGUGGAGUUCGUCCACGAGGAGUGGGGCCUGGCAGUGUUCUGAAUACGUCUAAUGAUGGUGUUUCUAAUGGCCUGGGGUAGAUCCUGGUGUAAAUCAGGAGCCGGGCUGCUGAUAGGCUUGAUAGACAACAAUGGUCCUGGAAUGGUCUACGGUUGAGGUGUCUUCUGUCCAAGUUGUUGAAGAGACUAAAGGUAGCGAUAGAUGUAUUACGAAUGAUGUUAUAAGAUUAUGAGGAAAAGCUACUUUGUUGUCUCUGGAUCUGUAGAUGAGUGGAGGCUAGAUUCCGGUUGACGGUUGGACGGUCAGACGGCCGGAAUCAGCACACCCUCAGCCUCUACUCAGGUAUGGGCUGGAGAUAGCGUGGGCGUUUG